AUGCACAAACUCUACCUCCAUUGCUCCAUUGAUGGCUACAUCAAGGACUAUGACUCCAUAGGAAGGAGGGUGCCUGUGCACCCAGAAGGUUUGAUUGAAGCAACAUCUCUGAUGAAAGUGAAGAAUCCUGAAGGUAUUCUUAGCAUUGGCUCUGCUCAGGCUCAUGAUUUCUUGACUAAUUCUCGACCUAAGAGAAACAUUGACCCAAAGUGGCACAGAGGCACACCUGAUUUCCAGUCCUAUUACCGCUUCUACAACAGCAUCGGACACAUUGAAGGACUUUAUGAGAUCGACAGGAUUAGGAUGCUGUAUCAGCAGAUGCGUCACUUGGAGUUGAUUUACGGCCCGGAUGCAUCCAGUUACCAAAAUGUCAUGGGUGUGCUGACAAGCACUGCAGCACCAACCACUCAGCCCCCUCCACCCCCCACCACCGCUGCUCCGACACCAGACCCUCUGGAGAACGCACAGAGGUUUUAUCUGUGUAACCCCAAAGACCCGCUGUGCAAACCUCAGAUCGUCUACCUGCCAACAGGAGCUGUCCCAGUGCUGUGUGACCCGCGACUCAACCCCUCCUGCAAGCCCAAAACAGAGGAGGAGAUAAAAGCCACUGCUCCUCAACUACCCCCAGUUCCUCCUGCUCCCAAAAAGUCUCUCCCAUCUCCCCCUCCUGCUCCAAAAGCCAUGGAGUACGACUGCGACCCAUACUGGGACCCUGACUGCCUUAUCGAUCAUCCUCCACGCCCCAUCCAGGAAACAUCGCCACCAGAGGCACCAGCUGAGGAGAAAGUGGAGAAACUAGACGUUGCAAAAGCUGAGGAAACUGUCCCCGAAGCACCAGACUCCCAGAAACCCCUCCACCCUUACUAUGACCCUUAUGAUUUCAAACGUGACCUUUAUGACCCCUUUCGUUACGCCAAUCCAGCUCCUGAUCCACAGUAG